GUCCGGCUCCUGAUAGUGUUACUAACGCCAUUUACGAAUUGACAACCCAGAUCAAAAACUACUCCAUUGUUCCAGAUUUAACCUGUGACAUAGACACUAUUGGAGUGAAUAAUUUCGAGGUGAAUGGCAAAGAAUUUGUCGUCGAAAUUAUUGAUUUCGUCAAUGAUUACCUAGAGUUGAUGAAAAGUAUUUUUGAUUUCCCAAACUCAAGAAUCUUCUCAGUUCUGAUGCAACGAAACCCUUCCGUGUACUUAUCAAUUCAAUGCAUGGCGGUUGUGACUGGACCCUAUGUGAAACGUAUCUUCCUCGACGAACUUGGAGCUCCAGUAAACUCCGCUAUCAAAAUCACACCGCUGCCUGAUUUUGGAGGUGGUCAUCCAGAUCCAAAUUUAACGUAUGCAGCUGAUUUGGUGGACAACUUACGAAACAGCGAUUUUGAUUUUGGCGCUGCUUUCGACGGAGAUGGAGAUCGUAAUAUGAUUCUGGGAGCUAAAGCUUUCUUUGUCACGCCUAGUGAUUCAGUUGCGAUUCUUGGAAAUCAUCUGAACAGCAUUCCGUACUUCCAGAAAACUGGUAUCAAAGGAGUAGCUCGUAGUAUGCCGACCGGUGCCGCCAUUGAUAA